ACCGACCGCGAUUUGCGAUUUGCGAUUUCCUACAUACAAAGUCCAAUUGAUUUUGGUUCUGUUUUUUUUAGGUGGGCGCCCAACCGUCAAUUUUCAACCUUUCAACUACCGACUCGCGACCCAUCGAGAUACACACUAUCUCGGAAUCUUGUCUUCAGCAAACUUGCAUACCGUGCAUCAUGGAUCCUCCGAAUAUCUCACCCCAAUUGGAUCGACUAGAUGAUGAAAUAGAUAACCUCGAGGAAGCCCUACAGCCCUUCCUUAGUAAUAUCUCGGAUGUGGCUAAUAAGCUACCCCUAUUGGACAAGGCGAAGUUGUUUGUGCUUGUGACAUAUUCUAUUGAAUCUAUGUUGUUCUCCUCUCUUCGUCUCAACGGUGUAGAUGCGAAGGAACAUGCUGUCUUUAAGGAACUUACUCGCGUGCGACAGUAUUUCGACAAGAUCAAGAAUGCUGAAAACCCCCCACAAAAACCCGAGAGGCCUGAUCAGACCCUGAAUAAGGAAGCCGCUAUUCGAUUCAUCAAAGCUGAUUUGUCGGAGAACAAGGACAAGCUUGUAAAUACCAAGCUAUCCGAGAUGAUUGCUAAGGAGCGCGCCAAAGCUGCCCUUAAAGCCGCUCAGCUCGGUAGCAAACGCAAAGCCGAAGAGCCUGCCUCAGCCGAUCAAGCAAGUGCCGCAUCUAAUGCCGAGGGAGCCGACUUAGAGGCCUCGCAGAAGAAGAAGAGAAAGGAAAAGAAAGAUGGCAAGAAACACAAGGAUAAGAAGGGGAAAAGACGUCAACAAGAGACUUAAAAAACGCGACCCCUGCCAUUAGAUAUUCCAAGUCAGAACUCCCCCGGGAUAGUGAUAAGUCCCUUCUACUUUGAUUGUAGGAAUUUAACUGAGUAAGUGCGUCGCUGCUGUUACCAUGGGACCUUCGAGAUUAAUAGGAAUCUAACACGGUGUUCCAGCUGUGCUAGUACCAGUACAAAGGCCAUAUCAUACCCUCAGUAUGUGAGCUUUAUAUGUUUGGAGACCAUUAGGUCUCCUGCGAGCAUCGGAGCCUAGAUUAUGGCAUUAAUAGCGCUAAGAAGCCACGCCAGUUAUCACCAGUUAUGCCGAAGCCACAUCCAUGGAUACGCCUAGUAUCGGCUUCGCUGCUCCUUAACUUUAGAUAGUAGUGGGCCAACAAAUAUACCCACAAACAUAUCACAUACAAAUAAUAACGAAACAUUUCACCUAUUUCUCUUACAAGAGUUCAGAUCACAAGCCUCUGAAUGAUUUUCCC